AUGUCCGACCAGGAUUUGAAAAACGCGAUUCUCCGACUAACCGAACUGGAAGUCAACCAACAAGAGCAGAUUCAACUCCUCAAGCGAACCGGUCAAGCCAGCCAACCGGGAAGCGAGAAGAUAAUCGAAUCGUUGGCCACGGGAAUUGAAAAUUUUUACUACGAUCCUGACGGUGGAGUGUUCUUCGACGCGUGGUUUGCUCGCUACGAAGAUGUCUUCAAGGUCGACGGCAAGAAUCUAGACGAUCCAGCGAAGGUGAGGCUACUCUUAAGAAAAAUCGGCACCCAGUUCCACGAGCGAUACGUAAAUAGUAUCCUGCCAAGACAUCCCCGCGAUUUUGGCCUGGACGAAACGGUGAAGAAACUUAAGAAACUUUUUGGUCAUCAAACCUCGCUGUUCAACGAUCGUUACCGUUGUCUUCAGUAUACUAAGAACGAAGCAGACGAUUUUUCAAGUUAUGCUGCCUCUGUGAACAAGCGUUGCGAAGCAUUCCAACUCACCAAGCUCACCGAUGACCAAUUCAAGGCGCUACGCUUUGUUUGCGGUCUACAAUCUCCCCGCGAUGCAGACAUCCGAACUCGAUUGAUCGGCAAAUUGGAAGCUGAAGAGCAUGCUCCGCCAGCAGACGGCACAAAGCUAACCUUGGAAAAUCUCGUCGAGGAGUGUCAUCGGUUCAACAAUCUAAAGCAGGACACCAAGUUGGUAGAGAAGCCCGGUCCGGAAAAAUCCGUCGUCAACGCUGUUUCCACCAAGCCUGCUAAGAAAAAACAACCGAAAUCUCCGUGCUGGUUUUGCGGGCAUAAAGAAGGUUACUGCUCAUCCGCUGAAUCAAAAUCAAAGCCAGCAAAGAAGUUCGAAAAACAAAAGUACAAGGCAUUUGUGAAGUCCAAAGGAAUUUCAGUGAAACGCAUCGAUCUUCAAGGGAAGAGGAAAUACGUUACUGUUGGAAUCAAUGGCAAAGAAGCUGUCCUUCAGUUAGAUUGCGCUUCUGAUAUCACCAUUAUUUCUACGCAGACCUGGGAGGCGAUAGGCAAACCAGCCAUCAGAGAAACUGACAUAACCGCCAUCAGCGCUUCCGGAGACAAGAUUAACAUGGCUGGUGAGUUCCUUGCAGACAUAACCAUCCGAAGCGUGACAAAAGCUGGCAUUGUCUAUGUGUCAUCAAGCCCGGAUUUGAAUGUCCUUGGAAUUGAAACAAUCGAUCUAUUCCAUCUAUGGUCGAUUCCUUUCAACUCACUGGUCAAUGCUGUGCAUCAGAAGCCGGAAGACAUUGAGCAAAAGCUGCCUACGAAGUUCCCGGCAGCGUUGCAAAUCGAGCGAAGCACACUUGGCCGGUGUACCAAGGCAAAAGUUAAACUCUACCUGAAGCCCAACGCCCGUCCCGUGUACUAUCCCAAGAGACCAGUUGCAUAUGCUGCUCUUCCCAAGGUGGAUGCCGAACUUCAACGUCUUCAGGACAAGGAAAUUAUCUCACCAGUGAAGUUUUCCGACUGGGCAACUCCAAUAGUAGUGGUCCGUAAGUCAGACAACGUUUCCGUCCGUAUCUGUGGCGACUAUUCUACAGGGUUAAACAAUGCGCUAGAAUCAGAUGCCCAUCCGCUACCACAUCCAGAUGAUAUUUUUGCUGAUCUAGCUGGCUGCCGUUAUUUCUCCCAACUCGAUUUUUCUGAUGCGUACCUGCAAGUCGAGAUUGAAGAGGAAUCACAAAAGUAUCUGACGAUAAACACUCAUCGAGGACUGUUCAAAUACAACCGUCUGCCGCCUGGAAUCAAGUCCGCUCCUGGUGCCUUCCAAAGGAUUAUUGACAGUAUGGUCGCUGGUAUUCCUGGAGUAAAACCGUAUCUAGACGAUAUCAUGAUUUCUGGUAAGACAAAAGAAGAACACAAUCGAAGCCUUCAUGAGAUCCUGGAGCGGAUCAAAACGUACGGUUUUCAUCUGAAGAUCGAAAAAUGUCGAUUUGGUCUAUCACAAAUUAAGUUCCUAGGCCAUAUCAUCGACAAAGACGGCUUACGACCUGAUCCCGCGAAGACAACCGCAAUUUCGCAAAUGCCAGCUCCAACCAACGUAUCACAGCUUCGAUCGUAUCUUGGAGCUAUCAAUUAUUAUGGGCGUUUUGUCAAGCAGAUGAAAGAGCUAAGAGCACCCAUGGAUUAUUUACUGAAACAAAACGUGAAAUGGGAAUGGACUGCGAACUGUCAGAAGUCGUUCGACAAGUUCAAAAUGCUGCUCACUUCCGACUUGUUGCUGACACAUUUUGACCCGAACAAAGAAAUCAUCGUCGCAGGUGAUGCAUCCAAGAAUGGCUUGGGCGCUGUUAUUAUGCAUCGUUUUCCGAAUGGAUCAGUGAAGGCUAUUUCGCACAUUUCAAGAUCUCUAACUCCUGCGGAGCAAAAUUACGGCCAGAUAGAAAAAGAAGCUUUGGCACUGGUUUUUGCUGUAACACGGUUUCAUAAGAUGGUAUUCGGCCGGAAGUUUACCUUGCAGACUGAUCACCAACCACUUCUUAAGGUGUUCGGGAGCAAAAAAGGAAUUCCGGUAUACACGGCUAACCGGCUUCAACGCUGGGCGCUUACGUUAAUGCUGUACGAUUUUGACAUCCAGUUUGUGCGCACUGAAGACUUUGGACACGCUGACCUCCUUUCACGACUAAUGAAAUGCCAUUCAACAACUGACGAAGAGUAUGUCAUUGCUUCUGUCCAAAUGGAAGCCGAUGUCAACACCGUUCUCAGUGAUUCUACUUCAAGUCUACCUGUGACGUCUGAAAUGAUCGCUACUGAAACAUCGAAAGAUCCUGUUCUCCAGUCGGUGGUGUUCCAUAUCAAUGAAGGAUGGCCCAAUCAUUCCAAAGCAAUUAAUGAUCCAGUUGUCCAACAAUUCUUUAUCCGCCGAGACAGUCUGCUGAUCGUCCAAGGUUGCAUCAUGUUCGGCGAUAGAGUUGUUGUGCCAAACCGCUUUCGCAAACGCAUUCUUCAGCAACUACAUCGAGGCCAUCCGGGGAUGGAGCGAAUGAAAUCCCUAGCAAGAAGUUUCGUGUACUGGCCUAACAUCGAUGAUGCCGUCGAAAAAUAUGUUCGAUGCUGCAGACCCUGUGCUGAAGCUGCUAAAUCACCACGCAAGACGGACCUGGAGUCGUGGCCCAUUCCAUCGAAGCCGUGGGAACGAGUCCAUAUCGAUUAUGCUGGCCCGAUUAAUGGAUACUACUACUUUCUGGUAAUUGACGCAUAUUCAAAAUGGCCAGAAAUCUACCGCACUCGAAGCACAAACACAACGAAAACGUUGGAAAUGCUAGACGAGAUUUUUUCAAGAUUCGGCAAUCCAAAAAUUCUGGUUUCGGAUAAUGGCUCGCAAUUUGUUAGCGCCCGAUUCAAGCAAUUCUGUGAUGAAGCUGGCAUCACCCACUUAACAAUUGCGCCCUACCAUCCACAGUCUAAUGGACAGGCUGAGCGCUUUGUGGACACUUUGAAAAGAGGACUCAAGAAGUUACGAGAGGGAGGAAAUCCAGCAACUUUCCGACAUCUUCAAACUUUCCUUUCCGUUUACCGGUCCACACCCAAUCGAAGUGCUCGUGAUCAUAAGUCACCUGCAGAACUUUUUCUUGGUAGACCCCUCACUACUACACUGGAUCUUCUUAAGCCCCGAAAAUCAAGCACACCAGCUGUAAACAGUAAGCAGAAUAACCAGUUCAAUCAACACCAUGGUACCGUCAAGAGAGAGUUCUCCGCUGAUGAUUUAGUGUACGCAGAGGUUCAUCAUCACUAUCAAACCUCAUGGGUUCCUGGCAAGGUGAUUGAGAGAAAAGGCUCCGUCAUGUAUGCUGUACUUCUGGACACCGGUCGUCUCAUCCGUUCUCAUACGAAUCAGCUACGACAGCGUCAUCUAGAAUCCAUUAGUGAAGCUACUGAAUCAAAUUUACCAUGGACCGUGCUGCUUGAGGAAUUUGGAAUGCAAAAUCUGUGUACUCCAUGUUCGGAUGAAACUGCCGAUCCUGAUUCCAAAGAAACUCAACAACCGCCUGAAAUGCUGCCAGAAGUGGCACACCCAAUUCAACAAUUGCCUGAAGUAUUGCACCCUGCCGAACCAACAUUGGACCAAGAAAAGGUUCUAGCACCAGAAGUCGUUGUUGAAGGCAUCAAUCCGCAGUGCUCCAAUCAACCCGUUCGUAACCGAAGGCUUCCGGCAUGGCUCGGAUCCUACGAUCUCUUUUAA